AUGGCCACCACGUUGGAAGAGCAAGUCUCGGUGGACCAGCUGGGCCCCGAGCAGUACGUCAGUCGCGUCAAGCCCGCCCGGAUGGGGAACGCGCGGAACAUUGCCUACGGAGGGUGCGCCAUGGGCUGCGGCAUUUCGGCAGCAUACGAUUCAGUGCCAUCAAAAUACCUUCUCUAUUCAGUCACCGGGACCUAUCUUGGUCCGGCCUUGACCGACCGCAAGUUGAAGUUCUCGGUCCGCAAAAUCCGCGAUACCAGAACCUUUGCCACGAGGCUGGUUGAGAUAAGCCAAGACCAGGAUGACGGACAGUCGCGCCCAUGCAUGAUCAUGCUGGCCGACUUUCAAGUAAAGGAGCCGGCUUCCAUGUUGGUAUACUCGCCUCCGCCGUCGAUGACAUACUCGCCGCCGGAGAAAUGUCUCGAUAUUCAUCAGGGCACCGCGGAACUAGUCCGGAGAGGAGUUGCGACGGAGGAGAUGGGCAAGGCUUACCUGGCGACAUUCGGCUUCAACAGCAUUUUCUUUGAGACUCGUGCGACGCCCGAAGGCGUUGCGACAAACAACCUCCACGGCAUGGCCAGGAAAGCAAAAACUCCCCAGGACGGUCUGCCUCUCACAUCCAAGACGUCCGCCGACUGGGUCCGCUGCCGGCACCCCUUACCUCGGCUGAAAGACCGAUUCGCCGGUCUCGGUUUCCUUUUGGACGGGGCACUGGCAUUCAUCCCCCUCACCCACAGCCAAAUGUUCCUCACCGAUACCGCGGCCUGUUCAAGCCUUGAUUUCGCUUUGCGGUUCUUCACCGGGGAUUUGGACCUGGAUAAGUGGCAUCUGAGAGAGCUGAAGACGGUUGCGGGAAGCGACGGCCGAACUUACACUGAGGCACGGUUCUGGGAUCGUGACGGCAAUCUGGUUGCGAACAUGACGCAGCAGUCCAUUAUGCGGCCACUGGAAGCUACUGUUAAGGCGGCCCUCUAA